ACCAAUUUACAUCUUCCUACUCUUUCCUCAUUUUCCCUCACUCGUUGACAUCAACUACACUCUCUCUCCACCACCCAACUCCAAACUAACUUACUCAUCUUUCUCUCUCAUCAUUUUCUCUCUCCUCCCUAAAUCAUCAUCAUCAUCAUCAUCAUCAUCAUCAUCAUCAUCAUCAUAUCAUGCAAGGAGUUCAACACCAGGUCAGGCUACAAUUGAAUACGUCAGGGAACACUUCACCUCUAGCAAUCGACGUCUCAGAAUCAGCGGAGGUAAGGAUCCAACGACUCAUAACAGAGAAUCCAGUUGUGAUCUUCAGCCGUACAUCUUGCUGCAUGUGCCACGUCAUGAAGAAUCUCCUCCACACCAUCGGGGUCUAUCCUACGGUGAUUGAGCUUGACGAGGACGAGAUCGCCGCUAUCCCCCUCAAUUCCGGCGAAGAUUCCGGUGAGUCUCCGGCGUUGUUUAUUGGUGGGACACGUGUUGGUGGGUUAGAGAGCCUGGUGGGUCUCCACUUGAGUAAUAGGCUUGUGCCUUUGCUUGUUGAUGCUGGCGCUCUUAGUCUUGCUGUCCCGCUAUGGGUAUGAAUCAAUCCAUAAACUAAAUUUCCCAAAAAAAAGAAAAUUACUAUUUUUAGUAGGUCCAAUAAUGAUAAUAAUAAUAUUAGGAUCGCCGUAAUUAAUUCCUACCCCCAGCCCCCUUUUAAAAAAACAAUAAAGUUAGAGGAUCUUCAUCGUGCAACCAGUUGUAUCUUAACCUGGUCGUAUGAUGUAUCAUGCAUAAAAUACAACUGGUUAUACGGGUUAAAUGAAGUUGUAAUAUUUGUAAUUUCAAGGAGGAAAAGCGGGGUAAAAUGGAUAAAAAAAGAGUGUAUGAUAAUUAAGUAAGUAUCCAAAAUUAUGAAGUUUAAUUAACUGCUUGUAAUUUUAUUUUGGUUUUGAUAGUAAGUUUUUAGCCGGUUGUAUAGUUAUGAAUUAAGUGGAAUGACAAGUCAGAAUUGAAGUGUGCAUGAUUAUUAGAUGA